CGCACCGGCGUGAAAUCCAACUACUCAACUCGAAAGCUAGCGGUAGAAUCAACCCAAGCCACCUUUUCAUACACAAAGCAAUUAUUGGGGGACAUAAAAGGCAUGGGGUGCCGGAGCCUGCAGCGUACCUGCGCAGUUUUCAAAGUGGACCGAGCUUGAAGCCAUUCCUUGUAUUUAAAGGUAUCCGGAUAUCCAGUGACCCAGUGUAGACCGUUAUACGGACAUUUCCUUGCCGUUUCUCGAGUGAUAUUUUGUUUUUGGCACAAUGGGGUGCUGCAGCGGCCGAUGCACGCUCAUCUUUCUCUGUUCGAUUCAGCUGAUGGUGGCGUUAGAGAGGCAGGUUUUUGACUUCCUGGGAUACCAAUGGGCGCCCAUUCUGGCCAACUUCUUCCACAUCAUCAUUGUCAUCCUCGGCUUCUUCGGCACUAUACAGUACCGACCACGCUACAUUGUAGUGUACACAGUCUGGACAGCUCUCUGGGUGGCCUGGAAUCUCUUCAUCGUCUGUUUCUACCUGGAUGUGGGAGGCCUGACCAAGGAAAGUAACCUGCUGACGUUUGACAUCUCGGCUCACCACUCGUGGUGGAGGGAGCACGGUCCAGGGUGUGUGAGGAGAGAGAUGACCCAGCCAGGGGUGGGCAUCGUGGACAGCCAGUCUUACAUCUCUGUCAUGGGCUGUCUCAUAGAGUACCAGUACAUAGAGGUCCUACACAGUGCAACACAGAUCCUCAUCGCUCUCCUGGGCUUCGUGUACGCCUGCUACGUCAUUAGCGCCAUCACUGAGGAGGAAGACAGCUUUGAUUUUGUUGGUGGAUUUGACCCCUUCCCUCUCUACCAUGUCAAUGAGAAACCAUCCCAUCUCCUCUUAAAGCCCAUGUACCUGUCUACGUAAAUAGGGCAGAAGGCAACAUUGCAGGUUCCGAUGGAAACAAAGUGGCUGCUCUGACUGACACAACAACCGUCCGAGAAUUCACUGGGGCAGGCCAGACAUUCCUCUGGUUCUCUACAUCUCUUCAGUCCUUCAAACAUGUAAAUUACUGGUGCUCUGCUUAAUGAUGACUGUACUUCCCAGUUCUGUUGUCAGUGGGAGGGAAGGAGAGGAUAUGGUUGGGGGAUGGGGAAGGGGUAAUUACAGUGUAACAUGAGCCUGAUCUCUUACUGUGCACUCAAAUAUACAUUAUUUAUCUAGAACUACAAACGGCAUCCGACAACAGAGACGUACAGUACCUGCUGUCAAUGGCUGUAUUUCUGUCCAUUGUUCUAUCAGAACUAGUGAUCUAUCUAUAGAUCGUAGCUAUAUAUACAGUACCAGUCCAAAGUUUUGACACACCUACUCAUUCAAGGGGUUUUCUUUAUUACUAUGUUCUACAUUGCAGCAUAAAAGUGAAACCAUCGACGCUUUGAAAUAACACAUAUGGAAUCAAUUAGUAGCCACCCUUUGCCUUGAUGACAGCUUUGCACACUGUCACAUUCUCUCAACCAGCUUCACCUGGAAGGCUUUUCUAACAGUCUUGAACGAGUUCCCACAUGCUGAGCACUUGCUGGCUGCUUUUCCUUCACUCUGCAGUCCAACUCAUGCCAAACCAUCUUAAUUGGGUUGAGGUCAGGUGAUUGUGGUGGCCAAGGCAUCUGAUGCAGCACUCCAUCACUCUGCUUCUUGGUAAAAUAGCCCUUACUUAGCCUGGGGGUGUGUUGGGUCAUUGUCCUGUUGAAAAACAAAUGAUAGUCCCAAUAAGCUUAAACCAGAUGGGAUGGCCUAUUGCUGCAGAAUGCUGUGGUAGCCAUGCUGGUAAAAAGAGUGCCUUGAAUUCUAAAUGAAUCACUGACAGUGUCACCAGCAAAGCACCCCCACACCUCCUCCUCCAUGCUUCACGGUGGGAACCACACAUGUGGAGAUAUUCCAUUCACCUACUCUGCAUCUCACAAAGACACAGCGGUUGGAACCAAAAAUCUCUAAUUUGAUCUCAUCAGACCACCGUCUAAUGUUGAUUACUCGUGAUUCUUGGCCCAAGCAAGACUCUUCUUAUUAUUGGUGUCUUUUAGUAGUGGUUUAUUUGUAGCAAUUCGACCAUGAAUGCCUGAUUCACCCAGUCUCCUCUGAACAGUUGAUGUUGAGAUGUGUCUGUUACUUGAACUCUGUGAAGCAUUUAUUUGGGCUGUAAUUUCUGAGGCAGUUAACUCUAAUGAACUUGUCCUCUGCAGUAGAGGUAACUCUGGGUCUUCCUUUCCUGUGGCGGUCCUCAUGAGAGCCAGUUUUAACAUAUUGCUCGAUGGUUUUUGCGACUGCACUUGAAGAAUCUUUAAAAGUUAUAGAAUUUUUCCAGAUUGACUGACCUUCAUGUCUUAAAGUAAUGAUGGACUGUCGUUUCUCUUUGCUUAUUUGAGCUGUUCUUGCCAUAAUAUGGACUUGGUCUUUUACCAAAUAGGGCUAUCUUCUGUAUACCACCCCUACCUUGUCACAACACAACUGAUUGGCUCAAACGCAUUAAGAAGGAAAGAAAUUCCACAAAUUAACUUUUAAAAAGGCUCACCUGUUAAUUGAAAUGCAUUCCAGGUGACUAGCUCAUGAAGCUGGUUGAGAGAAUGCCAAGAGAGUGCAAAGCUGUCAUCAAGGCAAAGGGUGGCUACUUUGAAGAAUCUCAAAUAUAAGUAUAUUUUGAUUUGUUUAACACUUCUUUUGCUUACUACAUGAUUCCAUAUGUGUUAUUUCAUAGUUUUGAUGUCUUCACUAUUAUUCUACAAUAUAGAAAACUGUACAAAUAAAGGAAACCCUGGAAUCAGUAGGUGUGUCCAAAUAGUUGACUGGUACUGUAUAUAUGUAUAUACACACACAUAUAAACUUGUGUGAACCCGACAGUUCAUCCUUCCUCCUGUUCUCUGGUCUGAAAGGCCUCUCCAUCUGUGGCUUUGUGGUUUGGAGUGUUAUUAUGGCUUGGUCACAGAUCCUCUUAGGCUGAAUUACAGUUGAGCCCGUGGAAUGGAAUGAACUAUUGUGUUCUGCUGUUUACUUGAGGCCAGGAUCUGUGCACAUACAUAUACAGGAAAAGCAGUAAGAGGUAGGGAGGGAAGGGGGAAAGGAGUGGGAGACGGGGAGGGAGGUAGGGAAACAAAGCAACCAAACCUACAGGGGCUUCAGUCAAAAAUAGAACCAGAGAAAAAAGAUGGAAAAAGACUGAGUCAGGGUUUUGAAAUGCAAACUAAACAACAACAACCUCAUAACAGAGAUAGCUUAAGGUAUUACAGUAACAGGCAAUAAUGUUUGAGUCUUUGUUAAUCUAGUCUUACUCACAGUGAUGUGACUGGUUAUGAUAUACAGUGUUUCAGUAGACGUAAUCUGUAAACUGUAGAGCGGGAUGGAAUGAAAGGAAAAACGGUUUAUCUGUCACCUUGUUUUACAGUUAAUGGUGUGGAGCUUUGAGGUUUGUGUCAGGAUUUAGAUGUGUCUUAAAGCCCCUGUCCAAAAACCCAACUGCCUCCAACUACUGUGAGGGUUUGAGUGUUUGACAGUUGAUCAUAAGUCAUACACUGUGGCUCACUGUAUUUUCUAUCCAGAAUAGUAUGCGAUAUGAGAGGUAGUUUGUCUACAUUUCCCCUCCAUGCAAAGGUAUUGAAUGGAGUGUAAACGGUUUUAAGUAGCACAAAUAUAGCAAAGCAAGAGAGCAGAGCCAUACUGUACACCACCUGUUUUCUCUAUCAUUCCAUCUAUAGGUCGAUGAUUCAACUGUGAUACAUUUUAGUCCUUUUUUCAUAGCAUGUUUGAAUGGGUUUUGUAUGAUAACUGUGGAUAUUCUGUAUUAUACGGUAAUACUCUAUUGUAUGUUUGGGUCUCUGUGGGUUUGAGGAGCAGUUAUCCCACAAUUCAUAGACAUAAACUAUUUUGUCCAAACUUUAAGAUGGGGGCUAGUUUCUGAGUAUUUGGACUUAGUGUUACAGAGUGUGUAACUGCCUGGGUCUUUGGCUGUGUCCCUUUAUGAGUAUAAUGGAGUUGCCACUAGACACUAAUCUAAGGUGAGUUUUGGGUUUCAUCCCUCAUUAAGAUUUGAGAAGGGGCGACUGAUCAUAGAUCCAUGCCUAAGAGCACCUCAUCUCCCUGGACUGUCCACUUUCUGCCUUAAUCUUCCUGUGUACCACUACUGCCCCCUGCUGUUGAAUGUAGUCAUGUACACACACUACCCUGCAUGUAUGUAUGUAGCCUAUAUCUCACUGUAUACUUCUUUAUCUCCAUGCUAUCCACUCAGUCUUAUACCUGACACCUUAUCCCCUUGUGGGCUUGAUAGACAGGCUUCUGAGCUGAUGAUAUGAAAAUCACAGCUGUCUCUCAACUGAUAUUGGCUUCAUAUGAAUGCGUUUGCAGAACAGUGGUAGUGGCUUCAGUGAUGGUGCAAAAAUAAUGAUUGUAAACUAUGGGUCUUGUUCCAAAUGAUAUCCUGAAGUAGUGCACUAUAUAGGGAAUAAGGUAUAAUUUGAGGUGUAAAUGUAACAUUUCAGGACAGUGCAAUGUUACAGAAGAUUCAGAUAUAGAUGUAUUGUGCAAUAGACAUCAUUCUGUCAUAGAUAAUGCCAGCUCUAUGCAUUACAUUUCUAUCUGUAAUACUCUGUCAAUACUUAUGAACAAAGGACCAGAUACACUUUAUAAACUGUAGCCAGGAUCAUUACCAACAGCGAACACACACUGCACAUUAUGUCUUGAUAAAAAAAUAUCUUUAGACACCUAAAAUAAUUAGUUUUUUUCCUUUCAAUGCAAAACAGCCUCUGCAACAGGGAAUGGAAGAGCCUGACAUUGGUUAGUUGGAGCCUAUUGUGGUCAUGUAAUGGAUACCACUAGAAAAAAAGUCCACUUUGUAGAUAAUUGUUUUUCUAUUUGUAUUUGUCUUUAUUUUGUAUCCUCUGUAGUCCUCUUCAUGUGACUCAAUUAUGUAAUCAUAUUUGUCCAGACCUGUGCUGUGUUCAAUAGUGUAAAUAUCAGUUUGUUAAUAAACAAAUGUUGUACUUUU